AUGAAGCGCGGGACGGUUGCAGCACUUCUAUUUUGGAUUCCAGCCCUACUCGCUCUCCUAGGUCCAGCGACUGCUGCUGACGGCGACAAGUUGUCCAAUGACCACGAACACGAGGCUGAAAGCGACGAUGAGGGUGAGUCCGACUCUGCGCCCUUCAUGGUCGUGGUGGAACAUGGAAACGGGCGGCGAUGCGGCGGUUCCCUGGUGUCUCUUCGCACAGCGCUGACAUCAGCAUGGUGCGUGCGUGGCCUGGAAGGUGGCAACCCUCGCGAGCUGUGGGCGCUCUCGCCCGGCGCGCUACCUACUCCCUCGCGGAGAGUAGCGCGGGUUGCGCUAGUGGCGGGCGCGGAAUCUGACUCACCAGCGCCACAUCUGCAACCUGCUUGGGUUGGCGCUGCGCUUGACAUUGCAGUGCUGGAGCUUGAAGCGCCCUUCGGUGGUGGCGCCCGUUCACGUCCUAUUCUUAUGGCGACACGCCCUGAAGACUGCGCCACUGGCACCGUGUGCCACAUAGUUCGGGUCCGUGGGCGCCCGCCUCACCUGCGCAUCGUAGACGCUGUUCUGGUACCUGGAGAAACUUGUGGCGCCGCCGCGCCUGGAUGGGCCUCUCUACGCGAUUCGGCUCUGUGCUUGACAGGCCCCACGUUAUGCUCGAUGGACCGCGGGGCAGGAGUCGUCUGCGACGGUAAGCUAUGCGGCGUCCUAAGCCGCUCAGCUCGCGCUGCGGGCAAUGCGUCGCAAAACAACUCACCAAACACCACGAGCGCGACACAGGCGGACUCCACAUGUGGAAAUAUUCACGUGGCGCUUAGUGUAGCGCGAAUGCGACACUUUCUUCACUGUGCACAUACAUUGCGCGCCUGUGGACGCGGUGGGGAAUGUUCCAACCAGUGCAGUGAGCGGCAAUUAAUGGUAUUAGAAGCUAGUGAAGGCGGUUCGGGUGGGGGAGAUUCUGACAGCCAAGCGGAGCGUUUCUAUACUUCGUCCUCUUCUAUCCAACGGCCGACCGCGACCAUAGCGCUUACCACAGAACGGCGUUCGACGGAACGAGUAGCUUUUGACAACCCUCCUACCACUAUCGAAAGGUUUAUCCCGAUGUUUAAAACAGAAGACUCAUCACCAACACGCAGUGUUCCGCCUGCAACAAUGACGACCAGGCACACUUCGACUAUACAGGAAUCGACGCUCCGUCCCAGCUUCGAGUUCGAACCUAACCGCGCCGACUUUCGGGGUCCCGCACGAACCUCACGCGUGUACUUGAAGGCGGGCGAGUACGGUGACAAUGCUGUAGACUACGGUGAAGCUGAAGAGAGCGGUAUGGGGGGCGGCCCCGGCGCCCCUGCUACCACGACAGCUGGUACUGCUGUAUCAAUGACCACGGUGCCAGGGACCUUCACGCCUGUGAUUCUUACCUUGAAGAGCAACUCGGCGGUUACGUCCAAUUCGAUGCACAGUUUUCUGACGUACACCGAUGAUCUUUCUACCAAGACGACCACAUCCCAUGUGAGUACGAAGAAACCCAGCUCCAUAGCUGUGCGUUUGUCCAAGUUGGAUGCUCAGAGGGCCCCCAAGACGAAUUUGGCUCAUGCGGUAUACGUACCUACCUUUGGUGUCACUUGUCCCAUGGGUCCCAUGGGUUGUCCCACCAUGGGACAACGUCACGGGCCUAGUGAUCCCACUAGUGGAUGGAUAGUACAAUUCGACGCAGUGACAAAUUUAACUACUCGUUAG